AAAGGAGGAGACUGGAGGGAGGUGCUGGAUAUCAGAGGGGUUCUGGUGCAAAGUCUGGCGCUGAUCCGACACUAUGAGGGCAUUAGAUCAGAGCCGCGGUCUUCAGCCUCUCCACUGAACCGUCAAACAGAGAAAAUGGGAAGUGCGAGUGAAGACCUGCUCGUCACACUCCAGAUCUUGCCCGGCUUCUUCUCCAACUGUCUCUUUCUGGCUUUGUACGACUCCGUAGUGCUGGUGAAGCGAGUCGUGGCCCUGCUGAGCCGGUCGCGCUCCGCCGGCUGCGGAGAGUGGCGCCGCAUGCUGACAUCCGAGGGGCUGCGCUCCAUCUGGAACAGCUUCCUGCUGGACGCCUACAAACAGGUGAAACUUGGCUGUGAGGCACCAAACUCCAAGGUGGUGAAGGUUCCUGAUGGACCUCGGUGGAACAGCAAUGUUGCCCCAUAUGGGUCAAGGAUCCAGAUUGGAGGUGAAUGUCGCCUUCUGGAUUUCGAGUCAAUAGAUCGCCCUCUGGUGGUGAACUUUGGCUCGGCCACCUGACCCCCAUUCAUCAGCCACUUGCCUGCCUUCCGGCAACUCGUGGAGGACUUUAGCGACGUGGCUGAUUUCCUGUUGGUCUAUAUUGAUGAGGCCCAUCCUUCCGAUGGAUGGGUGGCUCCUCCCAUGGGGCCCUGUUCUUUCAGUUUCCGAAAACACCAGAACCUUGAAGAGAGAAUAGGAGCUGCACGCCAACUCAUCGAUCACUUUUCCCUACCGCCACAGUGCCAGCUAGUGGCCGACUGCAUGGAUAACAAUGCCAACGUGGCUUAUGGGGUGGCAUAUGAACGAGUCUGCAUAGUGCACCAAAGGAAGAUCGCCUACCUGGGAGGAAAGGGACCAUUUUUCUACAACCUGAAGGAUGUGAGGCAGUGGCUGGAACAGAGUUACGGCAGACGGUAGGAGUUAUGAAUGACAUGACAGAGGACACAUGAAAACAGAGCCUCUCGGCUUUGUAUAAGGUAAACUGAAAAAGGUUUGUCAUAAAGAUGUCAGCCAUUGGGCUCUAAACAACUAUUUCCUGGAACUGCAGAGCACUUUUUUGUUUUCAUACACACCAAGUGUGUUUUGUCCGCGUUUGUACCAAUUUGCUGCUGAAAAACAUGUUUUAAGAAGAGAAAUACUAAUUUCCAAAUUUGAAAAUAUUUAAAAAAGAUUUUGUGAUUAUUUUUAGAAGGAUUGUAUAUUUUUUACAUCUUUGUUAGAUGUUUUUUGCACUAUUCCAACAAGUCAACUUUUAUCUGCACCUUUACCUUCUUGGUUUUCCAAGAAGGUAAAGCAUUGUUCUCAUUCAUUGUUCUCAUUCAUGUUCUGAUAUAAAAUCAAAAUAGAUUUAAUGUGGCAAAAAAAAAAAAAAAAAAAAAACUUUCAUCACUUGUCUGAGAAGACAGACUUGGUCAGAGAGGAACGAUGAUGAGUCUUGUACUGCGGGGGCAGCCUCACUCAAACAGCAGGUCCUCGUCUGUCUCCUCUGUCAUCCCAUUGUUAUUUUAAAUGGGCUUCUUUCUUACAAUAACUGCAGAGGGCAUUAUUCCAUUCGUUUAAAAAAAAUCUAGCUUUGGGCCACAGGUUUUCAUAGUUUGUUUGUAUUUUAUUUCCUAGUUCCACUACUUUAAUACCAUCUCAGGGAUUCAGGAUGGCAAUUGUGUACUUUUGGUUUCAGUCCAUGUGAGCUUAACUAAAACAUAAAGCCCAGCUUUAAUCUUAUUUGGCAAUUAAAACUUUCCUCCAGCUGACCUGAAGCUUUGCCGUGUUCACUAACAUUUAGAAACACUUCUACCUGCCUUGCUGUUUUGGAGAUUUUGGGAUUUUAAACUCCCUGUUUCCACAGGUUGAAUUAUGCAGAAAGUUCAGGCUUUUGAAAUACCUCAAUAUUGAGAAUUACAUUUGGACGACACUUGAUUAUGAGGAUCACCUUUAAAAAAGUCGUUUAUAAUUGGCAUCAUGUAGGCAUGAUAAAGACUUUUGGUACAUUUACUCAUCAGUUAUAGGUUGUACCACAUUUUUAUUUGACAAAGGGGUUCCUUUUAAAUUAUUGGCCUUUUGAAUAAUUGCUGGGGGUUUGGAAAGAGAUUUGGUUGAAUUUUGGAAUUACAGUAUUACAUUAAGGUAGAUCCAACUUACCACUUUGUAUCAUUUCAACAGUGGACGAAGACGCUGCUACGGCGCAAAAAUCCGACUAAAAGUAGGUGAUCUUUACAGGGUGUUGGUGAGGUCAGGCAAGCAUGAAGAAGUCAGUUUGCUGAAGAAUGGAUCACAGUAAGUCAUGGAGGGUUUUGAGCAUGCAUGAAAAGUCAGAAUAGAGUAGAAUAGAAUAGAAACAGCUUUUAUUAUCUAGCAAAGGGAAAUUCAGGGGGAUAACAGUAUCAACAGAUUUAAAGGUUUACUCAAAAAGUGAACAGAAGCAGGUUUUUCAGUUUAUUAACAUGGUGGGAAAUUUGCGGCUUGUAUUUUCUGCCAUGUAAAACCCAAAAUACCAUUGGUAUUUAGGUGAUGGACAUCAAUUAUAAAGUUUAACAUAAGUUCUUUCGAAUAAUUUCAAAGGAUAAUUUUUUUUUUUAUUAUUUCCUCGCAGCACUUUUCACUGUCCCUGCGAUUUCAGUGCUGAACAUUUAUGAUGAUGAAUUGAGUUGUCCCAGAUCUGCUUCCCCCUAAUCUUGUUUUCAGCUAACAAUGGUCUCCAAGAAUCUUUUUAGUUUCAUAAGGGAAUUCACAAGGGACUUAAGGUGCUGGGGUAUUUAUUUGAGCAGUCUUUUUGCACUUGCUGUAUGGCACAUAUUGAUUUGACAGUGAUGAUUAGGACAAUAUAUAUUGUUUUGCUCUACUACCUAAAUCCUCAGCAUUGAUUGAAUAAAAUGGCUUUGUACUGCAUGCCAGAUGCAGCUUUAGAAAAAAAAACAUGUUAUUCUGGAAAGAUUAAACUAAAAACAUUUUACAGGUAUUUUAUUUUUAAAGAUACACCAAUAAAUUUAAUAUUUUUAUGCCAAAAUUUUGUAUUCAAUGCUACAAUCACUAUCAAAAAGUGCUAUUUUUGUGUGUUGCAGUUCUCAGAAUUAGCAGAUGAGAUCAUAAAGAAAACUGGAAAUGAGUAUCAAUCAGAAAAAUCUGAUCUGUCCCACUUUUAUUCUUAUCUCAAGAUAUCUUAACAACAAUAUAACAUCCAAAUGAAUAACUUGUGGGCUGCUUCAGUAUUGAUGUAAGUAGGGGCAUGAUGUACUAAGCAAAUCUUUGCAUGACAGGGCAUGGUUGCUGCGAUGCUACAGAGAUUGACCUCAAAUGAAAUAUUCGUUCUUUAUUCUGGAACAGAAAAGCACCUGGAAUUCUUGAGAAAACACGAAAAAAAAUCUUUUGAAGAAAAAAAAGAAAAGAAGCCCAGAUGCCUUCAGUUUUAGCACUUUUGCACUAAAGAGGUCACAUGAUUAGUUUGAAAGCCACAUUAAAUCUAUUUUGUUUCAGAGAACGAUUUACCAAGGCAUGCAAUUUUUUCCCUGUUUGUUAGAGAUAAACCACAGUUUAUCGGGAUCAUCAGUUUUUACUUCUGUGAAUUACACUUGUUCAGGUGUAUGAGAUGUGACAAUCAGUUCAGGUUUAAAAAUGACAUCAAACUCUACUAAACUCCUGUGUUAACAGUUCACUUUAAGCAAUUUAUAUGCAUAUAUAUGUUACUUUUUGCUUCAGGAUCAGACAUACUGCCAAAUAACUAUAACAAGAAAAAACUUUUGCACUAACGUGACUACCAAUGCCUUCUAAACUACAGGAAAAUUGACUCAUUAACUGGUGCAAAGCUUUGUAAAUUGGCCUGCAAGAUUACAGGUAGAGACAUAUAUUGAUGCAACUCAUGCUACCUUCAUUUUAAUAUUUUGCAGGAUGUCUUAAAGAUGACUGGAUUGCUGCAGAUGUUUUAGUCAGGCAUUGACUAAAACAUCUGCAGCUGGGAUUUGUAUUCCAGCGACAGAAACUUGCUUCCUGAGUUAGGUUGAAAAAGUUUAAUCUAGAACGCAAUAAAAACCAGCAUGCUUACAGGUUCAUAAUUCACUUUAUUCAGCUCCUAAUGUAGAAUUCUUACCUAUACAUAAAGAGAUUUUUAUGUAUUUUUUAUGUAUUCUCUACAUGUUAGGAUGGACGGAUAGAAAUGAAGGACUAUAAAUCAAAGCCAGGCAGAAAUCUUUUCUCCGGACAGAUGGUUUGCUCUGCCCUCAAUGAUAAAGGUGUGCAAAUGAAAACCUUUGACGAAAGAGUCAGUGGCUCAGUCUCUGGUUGGAUAAUAGACAACACUUUGUCAUCACGACGCAGGUUCAUUGCAUCUGUUUUCAUUUUCAAGUUCUGUCUUGUAUUACAGUUUCAUGCAGACAGCUCUGGUUUCCAUCUAUGUUUAAGUGUAACACUUAUUUUUAUAUGUAAAAUGGAGAGAAGACCAGUGGUGAAAAAUAAAGUUUAAUGUUUGAUU